AUGAUUCCUGAAAAGAUAUUUCUGAUACCUUCAAACCCUGGUAAUAAAGAAUUCCUGCCAGAUUCGGAUAAAAUUGGUGGUACAGUGACAAUUGGUGUGACAGUCAUUCUCCAGGGUUCGAGCAGCAGAAGAGAUAACGAAAAUUUUCUCGAUCUUGUGAACUUAAUAGUAGCUGGCCUCCAACGGAAGAUAUCAGCCGUAUUUAUACUU